AUGCAGCAUAUUCAACAUCUAUCCACUUAUGACAAUGACGGUCCUCCUCCUCUACCCAAUAAAACCGGUGCCGCUGACCCUAAUCCCCCUCCUAUACCUGAAAGACCUAAAAAUAUUCCAUCCUAUUUAAAAGUCACAUCACCCCAAACAAAUGGUAUAGGAGAUGAAAAUACUUAUGUUCACAGAAAGGACCACUACUAUCCCAAGUUACCCUCAAAUUCACCACCGAAACUUCCCCCAAAAAAUAUUAUUUCCAUUCAAUUAGAUGAAAAAACAGAACGAGAUCGAUCCAAUGUUGUUAAUGAACUCAUCGAAAAUGAGAAGCUUUUCUACGUACAAAUGACAUACCUCUCAGAAAUUCUUUCUAAUGGUCAGAUUGGCGUACCAAUAUUUGCGGAGGAUUUGGCUGCAAUAAAAAUAAAUUUGCCAGAUUUUAUUUCUUCUUCGGGGGAAAUUCUUGCAGCCUAUAACAAAGCCGUUUCCGAAGCUCCAGGAAACAAGCUUUCCCAUGCCAGUAUUGCCACCCAUUUGAUGCCACAUUUGCCGAGACUCAGUGAAGUGAUUAUCAAUUACAUAAAAGAAUUCGAUCCGCAAAUUGUAGAGCAUCGUCCACAAUUAACAAAUUACUUUGCGAAGGCUGAUGAAUUGUUGCAGAAAAAAGAGAGCACAAUAACAACCUUACUAGAUCGAUUAUUCAAACUCUUUCAAAGGCCCUUCCAUAUUAUGGGCAUUUUGAAUCGACUAAAAAAGUUUACACCAGAUAAUCAUCCUGAUUACCCCUGUGUUUUGGCAGCGGCUGCUGCUAUUCAAACAGUCUGCGAUAAAGCUGAUGCUUGCAAAAGAACGGACGUGGAUUAUAGUUCUUCAAGUACUUACCAAGGAAGUCUUGAACUGGAUGCAGAUGGCAACUUGGAGGAUUCCCGAAUGAUGUACUAUCGAAAGAAGCAGAAAAACCUAGCCUUUCUACUCGACAAUUUAUGCAAAUGGAUUGAAAAUCACAGUAAGGAUUUGAAAGCGCUGAUAGGGGACAGACGAUGUCUCAUCAAGGCAUCUCAUGGUCUCUUGGUAUCUUUGGAUAAUGUUCAAAGUAUUUCCGCGGUUCUGGACUUCCACAGUACCAUGGUUAAUCAUAGUAUCGAGAAUUUCAAUUCAGAGAAGGUGAGUUUCGUUCCGAAUUCAAUUCAAAACCAACCUCGUUAUUUAAAGGCAAAACCUAAUCUAACCUAUGCAAUUAGUAAAUAUCGCGCGGACGAAUCUCGAGCCAUGACAAUUUCGGAAGGAAUUUUAAAUCGAACAGAAACAGUAAUCAGGAAUCUCUUUCUGUUUUACCUCCAGAAGGUCCACGAGUUAAUGCUCUUCCUCGCAAUCAAACCCGGUGGCAUUAUGCAUCGAUACGCAAAAAAUAAGGGUUGGAUAGACAAGUCGGAAGUUAAAGGGAGGAUUGAUCAAGAUGUGGAAUCCUGGAAAGCACAGAUCAGACUUGUUCAACCCUCAUUACCUAUCGCUUUGGAUCGACUUUGUGGGGCAGCUAUAAUCGAUGGCGUCGAAAGAGGUUGGAAAGGGAACAAAAAGCUCCUCUUGAAACGACCAAAAAAUAAGCAAAACAACGUUUCCGAGGCGAUAGGGCGGGCAAUCGUUGCAAACGCCAAUCCGGAUCCUGCGAUGUUCCACCACAGGCCUCCAAACCCUGUAGGCCGAGCUAAGGUCCUCUUUUCUUAUUCGGACAAACAAACAACCGUCCAACUUCGACCUGGCGACACUGUGAAUGUCAUCAAAUGGGGCGAUGACUUAGGUAACUCCGAAUGGGCACUUAUUCGAGUGGGAAAUUCCUCCCACUUCUACUAUCCUUCAAAUCGUCUCCAACCAAUUUGA